AUGACUUCCAAAGACAUCGGUCUUUCUGGGUUCUGGGUGACCCCAACGCAUGGCGCCACCGUAUUGGAAAUUACCGGCAAGAAAAGCAUCGUUUCCGGGGCCCCAACACUCAGUGAUAUCACCAUAUUUGAAGAUGUCGACGUGGAUAUCACGGUAGAGGGGAAGGAGGAGCUAUUCAGUCGUGUUCUGAAUUGGCUUGGAGGCAUUGACGCCACCGACGCGGAAAACUGCAUAACGCCCUUUUCCAUAAUGUCCAAUCACAGGCACAGGGAUUCCGAGAUCAACAAUUGCGGAAUCCAGCAGGGGCAGGGUCAUAGCUGUGGCGUUAGCAAAGGCAAUCUCGAUGGGGGCCUGGGCGUGACGAAGGCGGAGGCCGUCGACGAUUUCGGCGGUCUGACCUUGCCUAAGGGCCCUGGUGAUGACCUGGCAGAGAGUGGGGUCGUCCGGGAGGGGCUCGAGCAGGACGAGUGUUCAAACACGAGCGAAAACGUUGACACGACGAUGACGUCAGGGCUGGUCGAAGCCAAUGCCAUCAGCUACUAUCGUCUCUCAACGCCGGCCACCGUUGACGGCCGCCCCAGCGUUCAAACCCUCUUCCGCAUUACCCAAAGGACCUUUCUGGAGCUCUGCGCAUGGCUCGGCAACCGUGGCCUCGUCAGAGGCACCCGCAACGUCUCCCUGGCCGAGAAAGUAGCCUGGUUCCUAUACAUCUGCGGGCAGGGGUGCUUAAUCCGGAUGACCGGCCACUUCUUUGGGCACAGCACAGAGACAGUGCACCGGGGAUUCCGCGAGGUGUUGUCGGCCCUCCUCCACCUCACCGACGCGUUUGUGAAGCCCCAGAGCCUUGCAGACAUCCCUGAGCCCGAGCGGAUGCGGCUGGGCGUGCGCCGGGCCCCCAAAACCGCCCGGGAGCUGUUGACGGCACCUUGGUCAAGGUACGGGUCCCCAGGAGUGAGGCGGCCGUGUAUCGGAACGCUGGAAAUGAUCCGGGACUCUCCGCCAGAGUACCAUUGCGACCAACAAGUCAAGCUCGUGCUGGUCAUGGCAGGCCUGCACAACUUCAUCGAAGAGAGCGAUUCAAGGGCAUUUUCAGCACCCAACUUUGGUGACGAGCAGGUGGUUGCAAGGCGAGAUAUUACGGAAAGAAGGGAGGCGCUCGCGGGGAGAGUCGAGCCGGGAAAGGAGUCGUGGGAUGCAUACAGGGACGAAAUCGCCAACACCUUGUGGGACGAUUACCAGCCUACAGGUGUCGCCAGGGGACGCUGUAAAACGGUGAGGAUCGUUUCGAUGAGGGGAGUCCGGGACAGGUGA